AUGUUGAAGGCUCGAAGAGGCCGCUUCAGAUUUAAAAAAUAUAAUAAAUCCCCAAGAACUUUCAGUCCUUAUCUUCUAUCUAUAAAAGUAGUAAAUAUUUUAAAGAACAUCGGAGCUGUUUGUUAUUCAUUGCAUGCAUUUUUGCUAUUUUUAAGCUGUGAAAAUACUGCUUGCAUCACUCUGCCAUGUGACGUGAAUUGCAAUGCUGGGUAUCUUAAAACGUUUUAA